AUGGCUACUAAUGGUUCCGCCGUCGCGCCCGGAGAGAAGCCUACCUCGCCCAUUCCCAGCACCUCUAGCAAGGCCACCUCACCAUAUGUCGAACGAAGCAACCCGAUGGGUGGUGCUAGCACCGCUCAAACCGUGAGCUCCAAGGACCCCAAAGCUGUUGCCCAGGCUGCCACCGACAUGCGCAAUGUCGUUCGCCGCAAGUUAACGGGAUAUGUCGGCUUUGCCAACCUGCCAAACCAGUGGCACCGCAAGAGUGUCCGCAAAGGAUUCAACUUCAAUGUCAUGGUUGUUGGUGAAUCCGGUCUUGGAAAGUCCACUUUGAUCAACACUCUUUUCAACACUUCUCUCUACCCUCCCAAGGAACGCAAGGGACCUAGCCACGACAUUAUCCCGAAGACUGUGUCUAUUCAAGGAAUUAGCGCAGACAUUGAAGAAAACGGUGUCCGCCUUCGUUUGACUGUUGUGGACACCCCUGGAUUCGGUGACUUUGUCAACAACGACGACUCAUGGAGACCUAUUGUCGAGAACAUCGAGCAGCGAUUCGACGCCUACUUGGAAGCCGAGAACAAGGUCAACCGUAUGAACAUUGUUGACAACCGCGUCCAUGCUUGUGUUUACUUCAUUCAGCCCACUGGGCACUCCUUGAAGCCUCUUGACAUUGAGGUUAUGCGUCGCCUUCACACCAAGGUCAACUUGAUCCCAGUCAUUGCCAAGGCUGAUACCCUAACCGAUGAGGAGAUUGCACUGUUCAAGCAGAGAAUCCUUGCCGACAUCCAAUACCACUCGAUCCAAAUAUUCGAGGGACCCCGCUACGAGCUCGAUGACGAAGAGACCAUUGCCGAGAACCAGGAGAUUAUGUCCAAGGUUCCUUUCGCCGUCGUCGGUGCUAACGCCGAGGUCACCACCCCCGAUGGACGCAAGGUCCGCGGCCGUCGUUACCCAUGGGGUGUCAUUGAAGUUGACAACGAGGAGCACUGCGACUUCGUCAAGCUUCGUCAAAUGCUUAUCCGCACACACAUGGAGGAACUCAAGGAGCACACCAACAACGUCUUGUACGAGAACUACCGCUCCGACAAGCUCACUCAGAUGGGUGUUGCUCAAGACCCAAGUGUCUUCAAGGAGGUCAACCCUGCCGUCAAGCAGGAGGAGGAGCGCGCUCUCCACGAACAGAAGCUUGCCAAGAUGGAAGCCGAAAUGAAGAUGGUCUUUGAGCAGAAGGUUCGCGAGAAGGAGAGCAAACUGAAGCAGAGCGAGGACGAACUAUACGCUCGCCAUCGGGAGAUGAAAGAUCAACUCGAACGACAGAGGCAAGAUCUAGAAGAGAAGAAAGCUCGACUUGAGAGUGGGCGACCCCUUGAAAAGGAAAGCAAGCGGAAAGGUUUCUCCCUCCGCUAG